GUGCCCUUCAGAUGUUUAGAGGCUGCGGUUGUUGAGAGUUAUAGUAACAAUAGCUUCGGGAAACAGUGUCAAAGUUUCUGUGACAGUGGCUGAAGUGACAAUACACAAAGGGAGGCAGAGACGUGAAAGGAAAUAAUUCAACGGGGGCCAAGAUGGAGCUGGCAUUUUUUGUGUUUGGUUCUCUGUGGUACAAAGUGCUUUGUGAAGAGUUGUAUGUAACCACUCCAACGUCUGUCUUGCACAUUGAUACAUCAACUUCACAAACAUCAACUAUUGUUACCAAGGAGAAUGGGCGCCUGCUAGGUUUGGCUGCAGACUGGCGUGGGGAGAGACUGUAUUACACGGACGUGUCACCUACAGGGGGUGGUAUCUACACCGCCAACCUACAGGGAGGGGACGUCAGAAAACUACCAAUUCAAUACCCUGGCAUGGAACCUGUGGGGCUGGCGGUAGACUGGGUGUACGGACACCUGUACUGGACAGAUACCGUCUACAGGGCCGUUAUGAUGUCAAACCUUGACGGCACGGGACGCGUUACCAUAGUGACAGAAAACUUGAUCACCCCCCGUGGUAUUGCUGUCGACCCGAAAAGAAGAGAACUAUACGUUGGCGACCAAGGCAAACAUGCUGUACAGGUUUGUGGGUUGGAUGGAAGGAACUGCCGGGAACUCAACGUCACUGACGACAGCGCCACCUUCUGGCCAAAUCAGAUCGCUAUUGACUACGCCACUAAAAAAGUACUUUGGAUAGACGGUUGGGUACCAGCCUUGUAUUCUUGCUCUGUUGGGGGCACUGACUGCCAGAGGAAUACUGGAAACCUCUCCACAGAACUUGGCUCUAAUCCAGCGUUUGGUCUUGCUGUUGGUCAGAGUGGCCAGUUGUAUUUGUCCACACUGCACAACCAGUCCUUAUACAGGUCCAGUCUUGAUCUUGUGCUGACUGGCGUACAGAUAGCCUCUUCAGACACCAAGAUGUUCUUCUUGCUCCGAAAAGAAGCUGCUUCUGACCAACCAACAGUGGUCACUACGAACCCUUGUGCCACCAAUAAAGGGGGCUGCUCAGACAUCUGUGUUCCCCAUUCGGGGGACAGCUUCACCUGUACGUGUCCUGAUGCAUCGGGGAAACUACCGGUCAACAAAAUGUGUCAACCCCCAAACCAGUUUCUUCUCUUUACGGAUAUAUCAAAGGGCAUUGUGGGAUUGGCUAAUGUUGAUGAUUCUGAAAUUCAAACGACAAUAAUGCGAGCGGUUAAACCGUUGGCAGUGACUUACCACCAAAAUGAAAAGAAAGUUUACUUUGCCGAUGCUCGUCUUCGAACCAUCUACAAAUGCAACCUAGACGGAAGUGACGUAGAGACAGUACUAAACAGUUCUCAUGGAAUAGGCCAAGUGGAAGGUCUGUCCAUCGAUUAUCGUCAAAACCGGCUCUACUUUUCUAACAUGGGUUUCGAGGAGUAUGAUGGGGUGCUGAGAUCAUGGCAUACUAUUGAGAUGGUGGACUUGGAUACUAAAAAAAGACGGACCAUCGUUACAUCAUUAGAGAAACCCAGGGCUGUAGUGGUGGAUUCAGACCGCCGAGUUCUGUACUACACGGACUGGGGAAGUGCAGGUCACGUGGGUAAGGUGGCGUUGGAUGGUUCCAAUAGGGUGGUGCUAACUACAGCGGAGAACCCUAAUGACCUGAUCAUCUCUGACAAUAAGUUGUUGAUCAUCAACAACAAGCAGCCGACAGCAGAAAUCAUAGAAAUAGACCUGGCCAACUCUAAUAGUGCAAUUAGCAGACGUCAACUUUCUUCUGUGGAACCCCUGUCUCUUGCUGUUUCUGGGGAUAACCUUCUAGUCAGCUCUUUUACCGGAGGUCUCAAUAUCUACAGCAAGCCCAGUCUCGGUCAGACCUACAGCUCAUCCUUCGGACACUUUACACGAAUGAUCGUGGUGGACACAACGGACACGAUGAAGCGAGAUGAAGGAGUGUGUUCGGCUUCUGGAUCCUGUUCCGACAUUUGUGUGACGUCAACACAAUCAGAUUUUUUCACCUGCUUAUGCCCAACCAAUACAUUCAACGAACUAACAAUUGACCGUGUGUCCUGUCAAGAACCGAACUCCUACUUAUUAUUUGCUGACAUUGACGGGAUCAAAAUGGUCCCACAAGGCAAUACGGGCGACAACCAAGUCUAUACCAUUGUGUAUCCUAGCGCCGACUGCAGCCAUUUCUAUGGUCUUGUAGUGGAUGAUAACCAACAGUAUAUCUACUUCAGUGCUCUACAGGGAAAUUCAAUUUUCCGCGCUAAUGUAGAUGGUUCGGAUGUGCAGAAAUUUGUGACCGAUGCAAAUGGCAAAAUAACAAGUCUAGCUUUGUCUAGAGGCGACCUCUUCUGGACAACUACAAACAGCAUCGAUAACUCCACCGGUGCUAUCGUUCACUGUAACACAGAGGAUACCAGUAGAACAGUCACUGUACUGUACAAUACCACAGCGGAACCUCUAGAUAUCGCAGCUGAUGAAAGUAACAUUUACUGGACAGAAAGAGGUCGCUCUGGGGUAGAGCGAUUCGACAGACGUGUAUUCACGGCACGCUCCUCGGUAGAUGACAAGGUCCAGACUUCUGCCAUUGCCCUCACUGUUCCCUCCAGACAUCUCCUGUACGCCACGGACUCUACAGUGAUAAUUCGGCGGUUCCCGACCACCACUGGCACCACCAGUUUUACCUCAUCCCUGACGGACACUAUAGCAGAGUCAGGGGCGAGAACUCUGAUGGCCACGAGACAAUUCCUGUAUCUGUCUCGAUGGUGGGGGAACAGCACGGGGUUGGUAAGACGACAUGACCUCACCACCAUGAGAAGUUAUGACGUCACGAGAGCUGCUGUCCGGCCUGGACAGAUGGUUUAUAUAUCAAACCAGACACCUAAUGUGCAAGAUAAGGUGGGUAGCUGUCCCUCCAUUGGAUCCUGUUCAAGCACGGCCUGUUUCCUGGACGUGGACUGUUACGGUAGGUCUAAAUGCUGUGGUACAAGUCAAUGUACCAGGUGUUCACCCCCAGAGCAAGGGUUAAAUUGUAUCAAGGAUGGAGUCUUUAUCAAGAAUUCUGGAGGUGCUGUGAAUAUUGGCUGUGAGAAAUGUUCCUGUUUGAAUGGUAGUCUUACCUGUGACCCACUUGCCUGUCCGGACCUUGGUUCAUGUCCAACAGAGAACAAAAUACAACCAUCAUCUGGGUCAUGUUGCCCUCUGUGUUCUGCAAUAACAGCUUGUUCCAGUCCCCCUACAAUAGAAAACUGCCCCACCUCUGAAAAAUCUCUUCGCCUACCCAGCAACAGUGAUACGGUCAAUGUAACUUUAGAUGACGUCAUCUUUGCAACAACCUACGGAAGAAGCUGUUCUGGACAGAAAUUGAAGUUAGAUUUCACUGAUACUUCGAUAAAAUAUCGGCCGUACCUUCAGAUGGUCACUGUAUCUGCCUCAGAUAAACACGGGACUGCAACAUGUAAAAUUUCCGUUAAUGUCAUUGAUAAUACAAAACCAGCUUUUGAUUCCUGUCCGAAUGGAGUUUUACAGAUGUAUGUAACGGAGAGCAAUAGGGCUGUCACGUGGUCCCCGAUUACUGCCAGAGAUAAUUCGGGUGAUGUAAAAGUUACUGCAGAUACACAAAAUGGCAUAGAGCUAUCGCCUGGUUUAUAUGACAUUCAUUAUGAAGCUGUAGAUGGUUCGGGCAAUAGCGAGGCUUGUUCUUUCUCGAUUAACGUAACCAUGCUUCAAGCUUGCAAGAGCCCACCAAUCCCAUUCAACGGUCUUCUGAGCUGUAAAGACGCCACUGAGCUGACAUGUCUCUUGGAGAACUGUAAUGCUGGCUAUUUGAACACUUUGUCCAUUACACAAACCCACGCCUGUGAUCAGACUAGUGGACAGUGGGUCCCUCCGUUUCCUUCCAAUUUUACCAACGUCUGCGUCAAACCCGCACCGUUAAUCAUUCAGCGGGAAUACAUUUUCGAAUUCAGUUGUCCAGAUUCCAAAUUUGAUGAAUUAGAUCUACAGCAGUGUAUUUCCAAUGCUCGCCUUUGUCCAAGAGAUGACAUUAAACUUUGUGAUAGGCCAUUCAAACAAAUUGGGAGCUCAGUUGUCUCAAAUAGUCGUAUAGUGAUGUGGAUGGAAGGAGUUCUACCGUAUGGGGGUGACAUGGUGGGUUUAACUACCAGGAUGAACAAUUCUGGAGACAUGAUCAAAGAAUUCUUUCAAACUGGCGAUUUCAAAACGAAAUGUCCGAGAAUUUCCUGUGCUUUCUCGCGAGCUACGUCUGAGCCAGAUAUCAGAAAAUGUGAGGUUGGCUCCAAAACGUUUCUUGUUUCGGGAAAAGAGAUUUGUGCCCCGUGCCCUGCUGGAUGGUACUUUGCAAAUGGUGACUGUUCAGAGUGCCCUGCCAACACGUACCAGGAACGCACCGGACAGACCAUGUGUAUGCCAUGUCCAGAGAGAGGUUUCUCCGCGAUCGGUUCUUUCCUCCAAUCACAUUGUAAUAUCAAUGACCCACUUGUUACCUCAGAACAAACAGAUACGUUUGUGAUCAAAAUCGUAGCAGUUGCCGUGGGAAUAUUAAUAGUCAUUCUAGCUGCCGUGUCCAUUGUGUGCUUCGUUAGGAGAAAGAGAGUAUCUCAAAAAUAUCCCAGCGGAGGAAAUUUUGAAAACCCAGUUUUCAUGGGCCAUGGGAAUGAGGCAUUUGCAGGUCCUAGUGUUGACGAAUAUGAUCAUAUUACGGCGUAUAAGCUGCAACCCGUAACUCAGACUCAAAACCUUAACACUAAAGAAGGAGAUGGGUACUACGAAGGGGGAGCAACUCUGCCCAAUGAAGAUCACGCUUGCCAAAGUUCAGAAGCUGCUUCGAACAGGGAUUUAAACAAGGCGAUCCAAGAGGCCGACUACAGCCACUUUGAUGACUUCGACAGUCCAAAUGAACGACUGUUGGCUGACAGUGACGUGAAGAAGAACAAUGUGUACAGCAUUGUACAGCGGUCCUAACCCUCUCCUGAUUUUUCUUGGAAUAUUUUUCCUCUUUGGAAUAAAUUACGAAAAACGCUUUGAAGAAUCGCCAUCUAGAACUUACAUGUGUCUUGCUUUGAUUUCCUGUAAUACUGUUGUCGUGAGAACUCUAUCUUGAAUAUUGAUACCUGUGCUCUGACAUUAUCUAAUUUAAUAGUCCCACAUGUAUUAUAUACUCUGCCUAUUGAAAUCUCUUGUAUCCUUGUGCAUUAUAUUUAAUGUAAUAAAUUUUGAAAACAUA